GCCAGACAACGGCAGACUAACCACGACCAGGGAGGCAAGCUUUCCAAGCCUCUCAGGGUUCAGACCCCUCCGUUCUGGGAAAUGACUUUGCGAGGUACAGCAGACGUUUAUCUUCAACAUGGUAUAGCUCCCGGUAACAGCCCCCAAAGACGGACUGACUUCAACCCCUGCACAGCGCUCAGGCACGGGGAAAUGAUUGCAGGACGAAGGCCGAAGUUGAACGAGUCUUUUCGAGCUGUACUACGAUUGCGCAGUGGCUCUUGUGCCUCCUCUGUCUAAAGAGUCCCGCAACCAGAUGGAAGGCCUUAGCUGAAGACUCCGAUCUUUCAAGAGCAGCGAGAAAAGUCAAGUCCCAUCUGGUCCGACGUGCAUUCUCGUCUGAAUACAUGAAUACAUACAAAUCAUCAUGAUCCGAAUAGGAACAGAAAAGGUCCGUACUGGAUGCAUAACAUGCAAACGACGCAGAGUAAAGUGCGACGAAGGGCACCCUCGCUGUGCGCGCUGUACCAAAGCCGGCCGUGCAUGCGAGGGCUACGCCAACGUCCCUGGCCGACCCGGUCCCGGCGAGGCGUUCAAAUUCGUAGUCUACACACCUACUCAGGGACAGCAUCAUCUCUCGCAUAAUCCUGACCUCGACUGGUCAGAGCGCCGGUCCCUCAGCUUCUUCCAGGACCGCACCGCGCUCGAACUGGCCGGUGCCUUCCAAACGGAUUUCUGGCUCGGCACCAUUCUCCCGCUUGCUCAGCAAGAUCCGUCCGUCCGCCAUGCCUUGAUUGCCCUAAGUAGCAUGCACGAACAUUUUGCGGCAGUGGAUCACUUCGCGCCUGCGCGGGGAAUCGACUUCGCGCUAGACCACUACGGCAAGGCUAUACGAGAGGUGGUGCGGCUCAACAACAACCCGACGCAAGCGGAGCACAGCUUCGACUACGCUUUGGUCACAUGCGCCUUGUUCUCAUCGUUCGAGUCCCUGCAGGGCAACUACCACACCGCGUGCAAACAUGCGAUCUCCGGCUUGAAGAUGCUUGCCGAGGAGCAGCAUCAGACCCAGUCCGGUCCAACAAGUCGAGCAGCGCGCGUGCGCAUCUCCCGCGACGAAUUGACGCGCUUCUUCACCGCCAUCGGUCGCCAGAUGCUCGAGAUUGGAGAUCCGAAUUUUCAGGGUCCCCGGCCGGCUGUGAUAUGGGGCGCGCCCUCGAUGCCCGAGCGGUUUGCCUCGUUCGAGGAAGCCUUGCUGCACAUCGAAGUCCUUCUGACUAAGCUGUUCGAUUUUGCCGAGAGCACUGAUAAGCUUGCCGAUCAGGGUCCGAUACCUGAAGAUGUCGGACAUGACCUUAUGCUCGAAUUCACGGGCAUCAAGGAGUACGCAACGAAAUGGAGUGAAGGACUUGAGCUGCUCAUGUCCGAGCAGGCGCAGAGCUCGACGUCAUCAACGCCGGAGUCUAUGAGUUCCUCUGCUGGCGGAGCGGGCCCGUCAGUGCCUUUGACUAAGUCGACGACACCACCUUCCGCGCUGCUGCUUAGAGCCUACCAGGCUGUGCUCGUGGGUUUCCUCCGCCGUGUCGAAGUCAACGACGAGGCCGUCCUGGAUGAACACAUGUCGAGCCUCUGGGCUUGCCUGGAGGCGUGCGAGGAGUUUAUCCAGCAAACCUCUCAACUCGUCACACCCGUGUCGACACCCGCACACAGCCCCCUUGCUACUGGCAUCCUCACCCAGCAACGGCAACAGAUGGUCGUCCGUCCAACAUACUCCCUGGCCCUGGGUGUCGUCCCGAUGCUGUUCCUGCUGGCCACGCGCGGGAGCAACAUGCCCUUGCGUCAGCGUGCGAUCGACCUUCUCAAGCGAUGCAAGCGGCGCGAAGGAUUCUGGGACUCCGACGUUGCGGCGCGGCUAAGCGAGCGUAUUCUCGACAUUCAGACUCUCAUUGCGGACAAGUAUGGACCGGAGGCACUCGUGGACUUCAAGUUGCUUGACAUUUCAUUCGUGCCCGAUCGGAAGUGCGUGGUUAGGUAUAAACUCAAUGGCCCACGGCCGAAGGCGAGGAACCUGGCGGAUCCGCUCUGGGCUGGCAAUUCGACCGGCCUGGACGGUGGCAAGGAGUACUAUGAGACGUUGGAAUGGGAAGGUGUCGGGGUUUAAUAAGAGCUAUUCCGCGAGCCAUGAGUCGUAAGCCGUAGCGCAGGCCGCGUGGAAAAGCAGGCGAGAAGUAGAGUGUCGUGUCGCUUGGAGAUAAGUUAACCUGGGCCGUAUCGUCACUUCUUGAGAGCAAACAUGCGGGUAGCAGUAACGACAGCUCUCCAGAAAGUCCGGCAAGCAAUCGACGCGCCAAACGUUCGCCAGUCUAGGCCUCUCACCUGUGGUUACCGUGAGAUGGUAGAGUAAAAGCAACUCAAUGAAAGCAGGUGUCCGGCCUCAAUAGACUCCGGAAAAGCAAAU